UCCAGACCAGCUCAGAAAGCAUACCAUGGAAGAUGAAGCUCGCCAGGUCUUCGCGUGCAAUAUUUUACAAUUUACCAUGUUAUAUGUGUAAUAUUCUAGUUGACAUGGGUUAUUGUUUAUUAACUAAUUACAAUGAGAUAAAAUGUUUAAAAACGUGUCCAAUUAGAGAGCAAAUCACUUGUUCAAUAAAAUGUCAAGAUAAACAAAUAUUCAUCAAUAAAACACAGGAAAAAACCAAAAUGUUCAAAGUAGAAGUAAAACAUUAAAAUUUGUUUCUGUCAGAGACAAUGAGCUUUUUCCAAACUGUCAGAUCCUGGUUAUUUUUGCCUGCUACUAACCCUUUUCCACCAGUAGGGGCGUUAGGAGCUGAGUUCUGGGUGGUCAGGUGUAUCGCAUGAGUGUCAUCAGCUGGAGGACUAUAAGAAGGAGGCGAGCCAGUACUUUGACGCCUGAGUGUUUUGCCUCCUCGUGGUAUUCAGCCUGGCCAAUUUCAUGAUUUUGUGAAGUUUUUGAUCUUCUGUGAAGACUCUGUUUAUUCCCUUGACUAAUGGUCUUAUCUGUCUCAGGAUACCAAAGCCUAGUUCCUAAGAGAUCUCUGGAAGACUUCUAGCAGUUUAUGGAUUCUGCAUUCUCGCUCUUCUACCCACUGGCUGCCGGAUCAGACGUUUGCUUCAUAGCUCCAGGCGAACCCUGUCCACCCUCCUCCGAACCUCUCAGGACUACCUUGCUCCAACGUUGCAGUGUUGCUCACAGCCCCUCCAGGAUCAUAACCUCUCUCCCUGGCGGACCUAACUCAACCGGACUCGCUCAGCAUCCUCGGUUUCCAGUACCUGGUUCUGCAAAUAAAACUUCUUACCAAACGCUUCUCUGUUUAGUUGUGUUUUUCUGCAUGUGGGUCAAGUCGGCCAUUAACACUAUGACAGAACACUCAGGCCAGCCGGACCCAGCAGAAAAACUACGGAGAACCGUUUCGGAACCCGGCCAAACAAUCCAGGCCCAUGACUCAACCCUCCGUUCGAUCCUAGAACAGCAGCGACAGGUUGGUCAACAGCUGGGAGAGAUGACGGCACUCAUGCAGCACACCCUGAGUGUUAGAGCCACAGCACCACCGGGGGCUGCUGCGGAGCCUCCAGUAGCGCAGCGACUUCCACGUGGCCAAGACGUCACUUCCCCCUGCCCGGAGAGGUGGGAGGUUGUCAUGGGUUUUUGUUGCAGUGCUCUCUAGUGUUUAACCGUUCCCCUCAGUCAUUUCCCCAUGAUGAUGCAAAGGUAUCUUAUAUUCUGGGUUUACUAUCUGGUAGGGCACUCCGAUGGGCGGAGGCAAGAUUCACUAAUUAUAGUCAUUU